AUGGCGGGAACAACGUUUGAUACAUAUGCGCGUAGCGGCAGCGAAGGGACGCCUCUCUGCCGGCAAGGACGCCAUGCUUUCUGUUUGGCCUCAUACGACUCAUCCCCGCCGACGUCGUACGCCAAGAUGAUCUACGAGGAACAGAACGUUCGCUACUUCAUUCUGCGCUCGCGUCUGCUGUACAACAUCGACGUAGCCAUGAAAUACAGCAUGUGGGCGACUCGCCCAUACAACGACGCAACUCUUGGUUCUGCGCUGCAGUCAUGCAAGCAUGUAGUUCUUUUCUUCAGCGUCAACAACACGCACUACUUUUGCGGCUGGGCUAUCAUGCGCUCCCUUCCAGGUCACUGUGCCCUAAAGAGUGACCUGUUUAAGGCAGCCGAGGAUCCGUGGGGCUCCACCCAAUCCCACUUCGAAGGCAAGACCUUUGAUCUUGAGUGGAUUAGAAAAGUGCCGCUGGACUUCAAGCACUGCGAGGGGUUGCUGAACCCACUGAAUCAAAACCUUCCGGUGUACCGAGCUCGCGACGGCCAGGAGGUUGCGCCUAGCGUCGGCCGCUCCAUCUGUGCGCUUUUCGAGGCCCAGUGGCAAAAGUGUUUGUCCACGUCGACCUCGAGCCCCAGCCCGCCUCCGGUCCCGCAUGCCCCCUCGUCGGCGCCGUAUGAGCCUUCCAAGCGUGGCCGCAUCGACGCACAGAACAGCAGGCCGUUAUCCUCUGCUGGCUUCCCGAAACGAAGAGAGGAUGAGGGACAAAUGCAUCCAAUUCUGCGCAGCAGCCGAGCGUGUGAAGACAGUGUUGGCGACUCGUCAAGGUCUACGGGGCCUGUAGCUCCACACCCAGCAAGCGAAGGAGCUAACAGCGUCCACAUCGAACCAGACAGCGCCGCUGGGCGCCGCAUAGUCAACCCUGCAAUCCAGAUCUAUCCGGUCGACCUCACGGGCUUGACGUAUGAUGGAUACAUCCGUGCAUAUCAAGCAUCCAGAGCGUACUGGAGGCGCCGGCUGGUGGCGGCACGCUGUGAGGAAGGACGAGCCGAGGGAAGUGAGGUGGUGCGCGAGAGCAAAAAGAGGUUGACGGUUGCGGGCAGCUUGCCUGGAUCGAGGAGUGAUGUAACACGGACAGAGAUUGACGCAACAUGCUGCACAGGGGAGCGAGAGCAGGCAAAAGGAGAGAGAGAGACGGCCGAUAGUCCUGACCUGUACGGCCAUGAGGAGCCCACGACCUCGACGAGUCAGCCAGAUCAAGGCCGCGGUAGAGGUGACGCCGAUAUUAGAAAGGGAGGGAGAUAUCACACAGACGAGACCGAUAAGCUAUCUGAAGGGGACCAGCUUUCGGCUGAGGAAACGAUUCUAGACGAAGGGUAG